GGGAUGAGCCAGACGUGUUCCUUACACAGACAUACAGGCACCUGCCAGGAACCGUAGAGCCCUUUUCAGCAUCCUUCUUUUUGUUUCUGCCGCCAAGUCCACACGAUUGACUUCAAUGAACCUGAAAUCGUCCUCUGCCUUCCGAUCGGAGCACAGUUUUAAGCAGACAUCCUCUUCAUCAUCCACCGGCCAGCCUCGGGAACAGUACAUGGACAAGACUUUGGGCAUCUUCAGCGAUGACUUUGGCAAGUUCCGAAGACCCCUCAGCUUCUCAGCUGGUUCUGUGGUGUCUGAGAAUGUGAAGACUAUGGGGAACACCUACCAGUUUGCUGUGGAUGUGAGAGAUUUCUCCCCAGAGGAUAUUAUUGUCACCACUUCAAACAACCAGAUUGAGGUGCAUGCGGAGAAGCUAGCCCCUGAUGGGACAAUCAUGAACACCUUCACGCACAAAUGUCAGCUCCCGGAAGAUGUGGAUCCUACCACGGUGAACUCUGCCCUGGGAGAAGACGGCAUGCUCACUGUCAAGGCUCAGAGGAACUCUUCCAAGCACACGGACCACCUGAAAGAAACCUUCCGGACUGAGAUUAAAAUCUAAAUGCGUGCCACGGAAUCUUCUGCCACGUAACAAACUGUUUGAUGGUUUGAUGGUUUCACAAAAAUGUUCCCUAAAGAUUGUUUCAAAGUUUGCAUCCACCCUCGUGUUCUUCACAUUUAUGGGCACCCCUGAAAAUAAUUGAUCAUAGCGUGGACACCCUUGAGACGUGGUGGUCAUAGUAGGUGUGUAUCUCACAGAAAAGAGAUUUGCUUUUCAGACCAUCACAAAUAGUGCGUGUGUGUGUGUUGUGGUGAAUGGUAACGAAUAAUAUCACGUCGCCGCAAUGAGCAAUUUAGCGUGGACAUUCCAUAUAAUUCAUAAAGGUGGGCAUGGGAAUCGAGCAAACUGAUUUAUAGUCUGUGUAAAAGGAAAGAAUAUUAUUAGGAUACGAUUCUAUUACAUGGUAUUGAAAAAUGAUUUUUUUCCAUGAUUUAUUUGUAAUUGUUGUACCUAAUCUGAAAUAAAAUAUGUGUCAGAAAUAAUACAUUUUGGAAAAAAAGCAAACAUAAAACAAAUCAGACUGGAUAAAAGAUUUUGAAAUCUAAAUACAAAUUUUAAUAAUAAUUAGAUAUGCUAACAAAUAAAUGCUGGUUUAUGUAAAUAAAGAAUUGUACAAAAAGUGGUUUCUGUGAACUUGUUUAAAAUAACCUUGUAUCGUCUCACCAUACAGCGCCGUGCACAGAAACUGACUAAGAGGCGGGAUUGAAUCU